UUUUUUUUCUUUUUCUUUUAUUUAUAUUUUUAUAUAAUCUUUUCCCUUUUUUGAUAUUGACAACUUUUCUUUUUUUUUUUGAAAGAAACGUAGACCCUUUUGACAUCACAACAAAGCGUCAAGUCAGUUGAUCAAUACCCCCCAUUCCUUCUUUUUAUAUAUAUAUAUUUCUCCACUCUUUUAUUUAUUUACCCUCAGAAGAAAACACUUUUUUUUUAUUUACUCUGAUGUCAGCAGCACAAGAUCAUCAUGAUUCUGAUGCACUCGCUAUCAACGCUCAGGAUGAAUAUUAUCACAAUGCUCGCGAACGUAGUAUCGAAGACGACUUGAUGGAAGAAUAUUCGGAAAAACCACCACCACCACCUAAAAAGAAAUUCUACAAAAACAAGAAAUAUUGGAUCAUCUGCUCAAUCAUUUCAGCUAUUGCUAUCGUUGUCGUGGUUUGUUUGAUCGUCUUUGUCUUCUUCCCUAUGAUUGUACAAUCUCUUAUGAAUCAAGCUGGUAUUGAUGUCAAUGGUGCUGAUAUUACUUUUUCCCAACCUCAAAAUCAACAAUCUACCAAGCGUGAUUAUGACAUCCAAAAGACCUUUUAUAUGAACAUGCAAAGUACUCUCAAAAAUACUGGUCCCUUUAGUGCUGACAUUGUUUUCCACAAUCCUAUUUUGGUUUAUUACAAUGGUACUUUACUUGGAAACAUCACUUUACCCAACACUAGUAUUGGUGGCGGUCAUGGUGCAUUGAAUGCUCAAACUCCUUUUUUGAUUCAAGAUCCAAAUUAUUUUGCUUCUUUCUCCAAGGAUAUGUUGGCUAUGGAUUCUUUUAAUUGGAAUUUGAAAGGUAGCUGUGAUGUCACUGCUUUGUCAAGAACUGCUACGGCUACUUUGGACAAGACUGUAUCCAUUCCUGGUAUGGGUGGUUUCAAGGAUGUCACAAUCAAAAACUUCCAAUUACCUGCAAAUGAUCCUACUGGUGGUAUUCUCGUUGAACUUGGUACUGUUUUGGUUAGUCCUUCUCCUGUUGGUAUUCAACUUGGUACAAUUCAACUUCAAAUUGGUUAUCAAGGUGUCAAUCUCGGUACUGUUUCUGCUACGAACGUGACUCUUGCCAAAGGUGACAAUUCUAUUCCUCUCAAAGGUUCUAUCAAACCUCUUUCCAACCCUGCUGAUUUGGAAAAAGUAGGUGUCAUGUUCUCUACCUAUGUUAGUGGUGGUACUGCUCAAACGUCUGCCGUUGGUAUCUCCGCUGCUCCUGAUGGUCAAACUACAAUCAACUGGUUAUCUGAUGCUUUCAAAUCUGUUCAACUCAACGUUGGUCUUUCAAACGCUGGUGGUCCUUUGAAGAUUAUCAAUGCUGUUAGUAUGGGUUACCUUGAUCUCAAGUUUGAUGCUAACAAUCCUUAUGCUCCUACUGUCUCUGCUCCCAACGUUGUGGCUGACUUUAGCAUUCCAUUUGGUUUUACUCUCAACAUUACUGAUGUGACUCAAAACAUUACAAUGAACACAAAUUCAACUGGCAACUUUUCUGAAUUAGCUGUUCCUUGGGUACCUUCUCAAAGCAAUCAAGCUGCUGGCAAACUUCAGUUCCCUAUCAAUCAAGCUACUCUUGCUGCUCUUCCUGGAAAAAAUGAUGCCUUCAAUUCUUAUACUUAUGAUUUGACUGCUUCCAAUCUAUAUACCUUUGGUGUUUCUGGUAUGGCUACAACCAAAACUCAAACUCCUAUCGGUGACAUUACUCUUGGUGGUAUUACUUUCUCUGUUCCUACUUCUCUUCAUGGUCUUCAAUUUUUGAAUAGUACUCCUACGGUGAUCAAUAGUGUGGAUAUGACUGGUGGUACUCAACAAGCUCUUCAACUCAAUAUUGGUGUUACUAUGGGUAAUCCUUCUGAUUUCAGUAUGUCUGUGGGUGAUGUUACUUUUGCCAUGUUUGCUGGAUCUACACAAGUUGGUACUGUUACUUUAGCCAAUUUGACUCUUCAACGUGGUGAUAAUACUGUGAUUGCCAAAGCAAACUUUGAUCCCAAAUCCUCUCAAGAUGGUCAAGGUAUGCUCACUUCAUUUGUCAUGGGUAAGAACAGCACUGCUUCUAUUGGUGGAUUUGAUGGUUCAACUGCUAUUGCUUCAUUGGCCAGUGCUCUAAGUGCUAUCAAGAUCGAUACUACUCUUCCUGGUCUCAAGGCUCCUUUGAUCCAAAGUGCUGCUUUGACUGUCUUACCAAAUACUAUUCAAACAAGUUUCGUCAAUGUUGCUGUAUCUAUUGCCAAUCCUUUCACAGCUGGUCUUGCUAUCACAAAGGUCAAAUCUGCUGCUACUUAUAAAGGUAUGCCUGUUGGAAACAUCGAUCAAGAUAUCAGUAACAAUCCUUUCGUUAUUGAUGGUCAUGCAACUGCUGUAUCUCCUCAAUUGAAUAUGCAAAUGAAUUUGGAACCUGCUGCUGUUGCUUUAUUGAUGCGUGAUCUUGCUGUUGAUGCUCAUUUGGAUACCAAGGCUUUGGACGCAUUGCUCGGUAUGGGUGGUUUUCAUAUUCAAGGUCAAGAAGAUGUUGCUCCUACUGCUGCCCUCUUUAAUGGAUUCAAUAUCUCAAGUUAUGUGAUGCAAGCUAUGACUGCUCUCAAGACCGAUCUCAAUCUGGAAUCUACUCUUCAAGUUGGUGAUUAUGUUGAUGUCUUAUCUUUCUCUCAAAAUGGUGUUCAAAUUCAUUCUGAUGAUACAGUGACUCGUCUGAUUCCUAUUGUUGGUCAACCCAUUGUACAACAAAUCGUCAAUGGUGCCGUACUUGGCUUUGAUACUCUGAUUUUAUCUGAUCCUACCAAUACCAAUGCAAAGGUACAAAUGAAAGGUUCCAUUACGAAAACUGGUCCUAUGGCUGCUACAAUCAAUUUCCCUACUCCGUUGACUAUUAGAUGGCAAGGAAAAACUCUUGGUACUGCUACUAUGCCUGCUAUUCAAGCCAUUGCUGAUCAAGGUGCUCAAUUUGAUCUCCCUUCCAACUUUGUGAUUACUGAUCAAGAUGCUAUGGAACAAUUCGCCGCGUAUAUGAUCAACAAUGAAGAAUUUAUUUGGGAUAUUGUGUCGAAUGAUGUAUCUGUUACUGCUCUCGGUUUUACAUUUACUGGAAUCAAGAUGGAAAAAUUCGUGACGCUCAAAGGUGCUAAUGGAUUCAAGGGUGCUGUUACAAUCAAUUCUUUCAAUCUUCCUGCCAAUGAUCCUGCUGGUGGUAUUACUCUUAUUGCUAAUACUACAAUUGUCAAUCCUUCUCAAGUCGGUUUCUCUCUUAACACUGUGGCUUUCAACAGUUAUUACCAAGAUGUCAUGAUUGGUCCUCUUGCUGCUUCCCCUGGUAAUUUUGCUCCAGCUGGUUCUUCAAGCGUCCAAAUGAAGGGUCGUAUGAUACCUCAAAACUCUCAACAUGGAUUGGAUUUGGUUACCGAAGUAUUUGAAAACUAUUUGAAUGCCAAAAAUUCUGUUUUGUCUGUGAAAGGUGAUUCUGCAAGUGGUCCUACUGGUCAAGUUAGUUGGCUCACUCAAGCAUUCAAAAGUCUCGAAAUUGAUAAUGUGAUUUUGCCUGGUCCGUCUGAAAAACCUGUUUUGAUUCCUUCGAUCACCAUGGAAAAUAUGCAAUUGGACUUCACCAAGGAUCCUUAUGCUCCACCUGCAAGUUCUACUGAUGUCCGCGCUCAACUCAAGAAUCCAUUCGGUUUCCCUCUCGGUGUUAGUCAAUUGAGUAUGGAAGUAGAUGCCCAAGCAGCUGGUCAAAAGAUGGCUCAUCUUUCUAUACCUACCGAACAAGCAACUACUGAUGCAAGCGAAGUGGUGAAGACUCAAUUUGAAAAUAUUCCCUUCAAGGUCAGUGAUCACACUUUGUUUUCUGGUUUCUUGGCAGCUCUUACCAAAUCUUCUAAUUCCUCCUUUGGUCUUUCUGGUACCUCCAAUGCUCUCACUCAAACUGCUGUGGGUAACCUUCAACUCAACGGUAUUGGUUUUGAUGUUACUACUAGUAUGGCUGGACUUGGAAACUUCGGUGGAAAGACUGAUAUUCUCAAACUUGCUAUUACUGGGGGCACCAAAGAUUAUCUGCUUGUCCAAACUACGGUGUCUUUCACCAAUCCAUCUCAAAUCACAAUUACUGUUGGGGAUAUCAACUUCUCUGCCAAGGAUACUAGUGGAAACGUGGUAGGACAAGUGUUUAUCACCAAUACUGUAAUCAAGCCUGGUGUUAAUCAAUACGAUGCUCCAUUCCAUCUUGCUGGUCCUGCUCAAGCCGUUGGACAAAUCUUCUCUGAUUAUCUUACUAAUGCCAAGGUACCAUUGACUAUUCUUGGUACCUCAUCCUCUACCAAGAUUGAACCUCUUCAACAAGCUUUCGAAACUGUAAAUUUGGCGACAACGAUGAGUGGUAUUCAAGCAAAUCUUAUUGUAGGUGUCAAAGUGAUUGUCACUAUCGCUGAUCUAUUUGCUAAAAAGGCUAAAGCUGUGACGACGCUUCGAAAUCCCCUUGACACAUCUUAUUCUCUUACUGGACUCAAGGCUGAAGUGUAUUUCCCUGGAAAAUCUGGACAAUUCAAGGUUGGUCACGUUGAUUCUAUUCCUGUACCUUGUAAUGUUCCUGCUGGUGGCCAAACAACGUGUGAUCAAUGGGAUGUGACGAUGGAUGCAAAUUUGGAACAAUUGAUUGAAGUAGUAUUGGCUUCUGACAAGAGUAUGAACAUGCAACAAAACAUCACUACAACGGUUGGUGGCUCGGAUGGUUUUAAUGCUGCUUUCUAUUACUACCAAGAUCAUGUUCCUACUGAACUCGAUGUGGAUCUAGGAAUCUUGAACUUACCUCUUGGUCCAAAACUCAACAAUACCUCUUCUGCUAACAGUACUAUUUCGGGAUUAUCAUCAUCAUUAUCAUCUGCCGCGAACCUUUCUAUUUUACCCACAGCAUUGCCCACAGCAUUGCCUACUGGAUCUGGGACCGACAAGACUUCCGAAAAAGCGACACCUACUGACAAAGCUACACCUACGGACAAGGCCACACCUACCCAAGAUUCUGGUUCAAGUGACAAAUCAUCGACUGCUGCAAAAUCUGAUCCUACCACUAGUUCCAAGAAUCACUUUAUUUUCCCAUUUUAGAUGGGUCACAUCUCAGUAAGUAAUGCAAAAAAAAAAAAAUAGGAUGAUGUUUCUUUACUAAUGGUUUUAUGUUUUUUUAUAGAAUGAAUACCGCUUGAACUAUAC